ACUAAUGACAAUAGAUAAUUAUUAUUAUAUGCAUGUGAUAAAUGUUAGGAUUUAUAUUUCCGGUUUAUUAGUAAUUUUUGUUAUUCAUUUCAGAGAAAUAUCAGAGAAAAUAUUGGUUGAAGACAUUCGUGACAUAGCUAUAAUUAUCAAAUAUAAAUAUGCUGGUCCUUGUGCUAGGAGAUCUUCAUAUUCCUCACAGGUGUAAUUCUUUACCUGCAAGGUUCAAAAAGCUGCUUGUACCUGGGAAAAUACAGCACAUCUUGUGCACCGGAAAUUUGUGCACCAAAGAAUCUUUUGAUUAUCUCAAAACCUUAGCUAGUGAUGUUCAUGUUGUUAGAGGAGAUUUUGAUGAGAACAUGAAUUAUCCUGAACAAAAAGUUGUUACUGUCGGACAGUUUCGGAUAGGACUUUGUCAUGGACAUCAGGUUGUUCCAUGGGGAGACAUUGAAAGCUUAGCCAUGGUGCAAAGACAGUUAGAUGUUGAUAUACUCAUAUCUGGGCAGACACACAAAUUCCAAGCCAUAGAGCAUGAAGGAAAAUUUUUUCUCAACCCUGGCUCAGCCACAGGAUCCUAUUACGCGUUAGACAGCAAUGUCAUUCCAUCCUUUGUCAUACUUGAUAUUCAACAAUCAACAGUGGUCUCCUACAUUUAUAAACUUAUAGAUGAUGAAGUCAAGGUGGAGAGGAUAGAAUAUAGAAAGUCAUAAACUUGUUCAUUUCUUUGUAUAGUAUUAUUUAUUUCUUUGGUUCUAUUAUUAGAAGAAAUCACUGAUAAACCUGCAAUAACAGAAAGUUUGUUUUUUUUACAAAUGAAAUAUUUUCAGUACAUAAGAAAUAUAGGACUAUAGAAUGUUUAGAAAUACAAUGAAAGACAAUUUAUCAUGGUGAAUAGACUUUGUCUAAACUUAGUUAUUAGUCUGUGUAAUAAUUAAAUGUUUAAAAAUGUUUUUUAAAUGCAUUUCCUUUUUUUUUUUUUUUUUUUUUUUAAUGAUGCUACAUUUUUAUUAUUGCCAAUAAUUUAAAUUUCCUCUUUAACAUUUGUCAUUUUCACCAUCAUCGAUUGAGAUGUCAUUAUUUGUUUGUAGGUUUAAACACAAAUGCACAUCAUUUUUACGUUUGUUUGAUAGAUUUAAAAAAAAGAGAAUGUUUGUUUAUUUAUGUAUAAACUCUUUUUUUUUAAUCUGUGUAUAAUAUAAAUAUACACAGUCAGCCAAGUCAAACUUUUUGGUUUGUUUUUUCUUUGUCAUAGUAAAUGUUAAGAAAGAAAAAGCUGAAACUUUGUAAGUUACAUAAAACUCUUUAAUUUGUUUUUGUAAAUAACUGUGUACAUGAAUAAAUAAAAUGUUUUA